CCGAAUAAAACAACCUGGUAAAGAGAUGUUGUUGUUUGUUCGGCAACCCGUCAUGUUUCAGCCGUGCCAAAUUCUGAUCAGCUUUCGGCGUGUCGGCACCUCGUCGCUGAUGCUCCAGUGUAAAAAGCCGAAUGGCAAUGGCAAAUUUCGUGUGGAACGCGACACCUUUGGCGAUCUGGAAGUGCCGGCGGACAAGUUGUACGGCGCGCAGACGAUGCGCUCUGUUCUCAAUUUUCCCGUUGGCAGCAUUGGCGAACGCAUGCCGAAACCCGUCAUUCAGGCCAUGGGCAUUCUGAAGAAGGCCUGUGCGGAGGUUAACAAGGAUUUUGGGAUGGAUGCCAAAAUAGCGGAUGCUGUUUCCUCGGCCUGUGACGGUGUCAUUUCGGGCGAAUACUAUGUCAAAGGUCACUUCCCGUUGGUCAUCUGGCAGACGGGCUCCGGCACACAGACGAACAUGAACGCCAACGAGGUCAUCAGCAAUGCGGCCAUCAAGGCAAUGGGCGGCGAACUGGGCUCCAAGAAGCCAGUGCAUCCCAACGAUCAUGUGAACAAGUCGCAGAGCUCCAACGAUACCUUUCCGGCGGCCUUGCACAUCUCGGUCGCACUGGAGCUAAACAAUCGCCUGCUGCCCGCCAUUUCGACUCUGCGCGACUCUCUCAUGUGCAAAUCGUUGGAUUUCAAGGACAUUAUCAAAAUCGGUCGCACCCAUCUGAUGGAUGCCGUCCCCAUGACGCUCGGCCAGGAGUUCAGCGGCUAUGCACAGCAGCUGACCAAUGCUGUCGCACGCAUCGAUGCCUGUCUGCCCCGCGUCUACGAGCUGGCCCUGGGCGGCACAGCCGUCGGCACCGGCCUUAACGCGCCAAAGGGCUUUGCCGAGAAGGUAUCAGCGCGCAUAGCGGAGCUGACUUCCCUGCCGUUUGUGACAGCACCGAAUUUCUUUGAAGCUCUCGCCGCGCGCGACACCAUGGUUGAAGUGCACGGCGUGCUGAACACCAUUGCCGUCAGUCUGAUGAAGAUUGCCAACGAUAUACGUUUUCUGGGCUCCGGACCGCGCUGCGGUCUCGGUGAACUAAAGCUGCCAGAGAACGAGCCGGGCAGCUCCAUAAUGCCGGGCAAGGUAAAUCCCACACAGUGCGAAUCUCUAACCAUGAUUUGUGCCCAGGUGAUGGGCAACCAGGUGGCUGUUACAGUGGGCGGCGCCAACGGACACUUCGAGCUGAACGUAUUUAAACCAUUAAUUGUUUCCAAUGUGUUGCGCUCCAUACGCCUGCUCGCGGAUGGCAGCGUCAACUUUAGCAAGAAUUGUGUGAAGGGCAUCGAGCCCAAUCGUGAGCGUAUUUCCAAGAUCAUGAACGAGUCCCUGAUGUUGGUCACAGCUCUCAACCCGCACAUUGGCUACGACAAGUCGGCCAAGAUAGCAAAGACGGCGCAUGAGAAUGGCACCACACUCAAGGAGGAGGCCAUCAAGGCUGGCAUCACCGAGGAGCAGUUCAAGGAGUGGGUCGAUCCCAAGAAAAUGUUGGGUCCCAAGUAAAUGUGUGUUCAGUUUGUGUACUUUCAAAUCGACGAUUUGAAUAAAACUCAAAAGUUGCUUCAGUGAAA